UUUAUAUAUGAAACCACAUUUUAGGAAAGGUUGUGAUACCAAAAGGUGCAGAUAUUAUGAUAGUAAUUUUAAAAAUACACCGAGAUAAAGAGUAUUGGUCAAACCCAUUGGUAUUUGACCCUGAUAGAUUUCUUCCAGAAAGAAUAAAGGAUUGUCACGCAUCUUCUUAUAUCCCGUUUAGUGAUGGACCACGAAACUGUAUAGGUAUAAAAUAUGGAAUAAUGAGUAUGAAAGUCAUACUAGCAACAUUGAUACGAACGUUCAUAUUUAAAGUUAAUAAAAGUAUUGAAAUAGAUAAAAUAAAAUUAAGUUUUGACGUUGUAAUAUCUCCUGUUGAGCCUUUCAAAGUCAAAAUUGAAAAACGACGCUUUUAAUAAAAUAGUAUGGAAAUAUUGUAACGAUAAAUGAGUAGCAGAACGAGAAAGGGCUGACUCACCUGGAGAGGAUGAGAAUAACGCGGAGCUAGAGAUGUUGUGUCCGGGGGUAGAGCACAAGAGGAUCCAACUCCGCGGGGAAACGGGACUUCACUUGGUUUAAAUAAUUAAUUCUGACACUUGGACUAACUUUUAAAAAAUAUAUAUAUAUAUAUUUUCUUUUUCACUUUA